AUGUUCGACAGUUCCAAACAAUUGGCACAACAACUCCUCGACCACAGGGCCAGCCAUAUCACUGUGGUGACCACCUCUGAGCAAGCAAAAGGAGCAAAACAACAAAAGGAAAUUCUGGAACAACAAGAAAAACCAACUGGCCUAGGAUUUUGCCAAGAAACAACAAGUACUGCCAGUUCGCACUGCCAUUAUGACUGCGCUCUGACACCCCUGAGGGCGUCUACUCAACAAGCUAAUCCGGCCGCCAACGCCGGAGCAAGCCGAGCCUGCUACGACUGUGGGGAAACCGGGCACGAAAAAAGCGAUUGCCCAAAAGCUAGAAACACAAACGCCAGUGGUGUCAGGAUAGUCUUGGCCUUGGGGCAAGGAGAAGAAAUGGAAGAUCCCAUGGUGGUUACUGAUACAUACGUCAUAGAAAUGGAAAAUGGAAAGACAGAGAGCACUAAUGACAUAUACUCAGAGAGUACCCUCACUCUAGACAACCACUCAUUCAAAAUCGAUCUAUUACCUGUUUCAAUAAAAAGCUUUGACAUCAUCAUUUGCAUGGAAUGGUUAAGUUCUAAUCGUGCUGACAUUCUGUGCUACGAAAGGGUUGUUAACCUUAAUCUUCCAAGUGGUGAAACUCUUGUCGUCUACGGCGAAAAACUUAGUGCGAACCUACAAAUCAUCUCUUGCGUCAAAGCGCAAAAGUAUCUCCGUAAGGAAUACCACGCCUUCUUAGUCCACGUAGUGGUUAAGAAGCAAGAGGUGAAAGUCAUCAAGGACAUUCCGAAAGUCUGCAAUUUCCCUGACAUAUUUCUAGAGGACCUUCCCGGAGUCCCACCCGCACGACGGGUCGUUUUCCGAAUCGAUCUAAUCCCCAGCUCUAACCCGUAG